AUGUUUCCUCUUGUUCAUAUGGCACCACCACGUUUUCCUGGUCAUCAUCCUCAUUUUCCUCAGCACCAUCAUGCAGUCGCCAGUGGACAAACGUCCAGUACAAUGAACUCAUCCAUUGUACCUGUUCAACCUGGUGAAAUCGGUUUCGAUGGAAAAAUGCUACGCAAAGCAAUGGCUCGCAAAACAGUCGAUUACAAUCCAUCAAUCAUACGAUAUCUCGAAAACUCUAUUUGGCAACGAAAUUUUCACGAUGGACGAUCAUUGCAACCUGAUGUUUUGUAUAUUCCACAUCUUGUUCCACCUCAUAGUCUCCUAGCAAAUCCAGUAAAUUGUGUUAUGACAAAAUUCAUUCGACCAGCAACAAAUAAAGUUCGAUGUCCAAUUUUUUGUGUUUGUUGGACACCGGAUGGCCGUCGCUUGAUAACAGGUGCGUCGAGCGGCGAAUUUACACUAUGGAACGGACUAACGUUUAAUUUUGAAACAAUUUUGCAAGCUCAUGAUUCGGCUGUAAACUCAAUGAUUUGGUCAAAUAAUGAACAGUGGAUGUUAACAGGUGACCGUAAUGGUUUUGUUAAAUACUGGCAAUCAAAUAUGAAUAAUGUGAAAGUCUACCAAGCACACAAUGAUCCAGUCAGAGGCUUAACAUUUUCUCCAAAUGAUAGCAAAUUUGCUAGUUGUUCUGAUGAUAGUUUUAUUCGUAUAUUUGAUUUUCUGACAGGAACGAUCGAGCGCGAAUUACAAGGUCACGGAUGUGAUGUUAGAUGUGUCGAUUGGCAUCCCCACAAAGGUCUGCUUGCUUCGGGUAGUAAAGAUUCUCAACAACCGAUUAUUCUAUGGGAUCCAAAGAGCGGUCAAAAAUUAGCGACGCUUCAUGCACAUAAGAAUACUUGUAUGGCAUUAAAAUGGAAUCGACACAAUGGCAACUGGUUAAUAUCAGCGUCACGGGAUCAUUUCUGUAAAUUAUUCGACAUACGAAAUCUGAAAGAAGAACUCCAAUGUUUUCGUGGACACAAGAAAGAAGCAUGCACAUUGGCAUGGCAUCCAAUACACGAACGUCUGUUUUCAAGUGGUGGUUCCGAUGGAUCGAUUUAUUUCUGGCAUGUCGGAACGGAAAAAGAAUUGGCUGGUAUGGAUGAUGCACAUGAAGGUAUGAUAUGGGAUAUGUCAUGGCAUCCUCUUGGCCAUAUGCUUGUCAGUGGUUCCAAUGAUCAUACGACACGAUUCUGGACACGCAAUCGACCUGGUGAUACCGUUCUCGAACGCAGCGAAGAAGGCCUACAAUUACAUGCAGCACGGCAAGAACAAUUGCAUCGUGAUGAAUUAGAACAUGAACGUUCCGAAGAAAUGAAUAUGCCGGGUCUGGGCUUCGAAGGCGUUUCGCUUGAACAAUUACAACAACAAGAUGAAACGAACAAUCGCCGUGAAUCUGGCAUUCCUGGCCUUGAUUUUUCCAAUGAAGAUGAAGAAAGUCGUCGACGUCGCGCACCAUUUGCUAAACCUGUACCGAAACCAUUUGAAAAAGCUUGGCGUUCAGUCGAUUCAUAUCCUGCUGAUAACUCUAAUAAUAACAAUAGAAUGAUGAAUAUGCACGACUCUGAUGACUCCUUUUAUUCUCAACCGCCUCCGCCUCCAUCUAAUUACUCUCGAGGGCCACAUCCAAUGCACGAUGACUAUUCUCGAGGUGGUGGUCCACCCGAUUAUGAUCCUCGUGGCGGUAGUGGAGGCCCUCCGAUGAAACGACAACGACACGAUGCUUUAAAUGAUGGCCAUUGGGCAAAUGCGCCUACCGAUCGACGUGGAGGUGGUUAUCCAUCGAUGACUUCUCAGGCGCCUCAUUGGCGGCAAAAUCCAAACGACAUGCAAUCGAAUCCUAACAAUAUGGGCGAUGAAAAACUUGACGACAAUUUCGCUGCUGCUGCUCGAUACCGCGAUUCGCCAUUUUUUCAAACAGCGACAGAUGAAGAAAUGCGUGGAUAUAAUUAG